AUGGGGGCGUUCGCGUGCGCGCGGACGCUGGCGGGAAGCGGGAGGGACGAGGACGCGGUGCGCGCGUACGAGGCGCACGCGAGAGGGGUGAAGGAUUUCGUGAAGGCGUACAGGGCGGACGAGGACUCGGCGUGGACGAGCGAGGCGUGGUACGUCGCGGUGGACGACGCGAGAGCGUUGGCGCAGCGCGCGGAUGAGGCGCUGAAGCGCGGGGGGGAAAAACCGAGCAAACUCGCCGACGCCGGGUCGACGCUGAUGCUGGUGUACAGAGCGGUGUCGCAGACGUCGACGGCGGAGAAGAAGGCGCCGCAGUUGCACGUGGUGAAUAAUCUAUUCAAGGUGUACUUCAAGCUCAACGCGCUGCAUUUGUGCAAGAACUUGAUCAACGCCGUGAACUUGCCGACGUUUUUGCCGUUCGAUUCGUUCCCAAAGUCGGAAAAGGUGACGUAUAACUUUUACGUCGGGCGGUUGGCGGUGUUCGAGGACGCGUACGAGCGCGCGGCGGAGCAUCUUGAGUACGCGUUCGCGCAUUGUCACGCGCAGAGCGCGCGGAACGUGCGAUUGAUUUUGCAGUACUUGAUCCCGGUGAAGUUGAUUUUAGGCACGCUGCCGUCGCGAAAGUUACUGGAGAAGUACGAGUUGCGAGAGUUUGUCGACGUCGUCGAGGCGAUGCGCCGCGGCGACGCGCGCACGCUCGACGCCGCCCUCAGCGACGGUGAAUCGACUUUCAUCAAACAGGGCACGUAUCUGAUCCUCGAAAAGCUUCGCAUGUCCGUCUACCGCACGCUGUUCAAGAAAGUGCACGCCAUUCACGGCGAAACCGCCGACGCGGCGAAGGCGAACCAAGUCUCGCUCGCCAAAUUCCAAACCGCCCUCGCGUGGUGCGGCGCCGACGACGUCGAUCUCGACGAGGUCGAGUGCAUCGUCGCCAACUUGAUCUUUAGAAAGUUCAUCAAGGGCUACAUAUCGCACAAGAACCGCGUCUUGGUGUUGUCCAAGGCGGAUCCUUUCCCGAGCUUGCAAUCCGUCUUCGCCGACUGA